AUGCCAGUCAUACAGCCUCAGAAGGGCUCGACAGUCGCCCCUGCGACAUACAAGCAGCCUUCCAGAAAGGGCAAAAAGGCGUGGAGGAAGAAUGUCGAUGUUACAGAGGUUCAGCAGGGUCUCGAGGAAUUGAACGAGGAGAUCAUCAAGGGUGGUGUUAUCGCCGAACGACCCUCGGAUGAACUGUUCACGGUCGACACAGUCGGUGAUGUCUCUCUACCAAGCAAAUUCCCCAAACACACAGCAAAGGCCUUGAGGGCAGACGAGAUCAUUGCGGCACGCUCGCCCGUUCCGGCUGUAUCUUUACGCAAACGACCCGCAGACAAGACUAGCGAUGGGAUUAUUCCAGCCAAGCGACCGAGGAGAGAAUAUGUCACACAAAAGGAGCUGUCCCGGUUGCGCAAAGUGGCAGAUGGUCAGCACGAAUCCACGAUUGAGGUUGCUGAUGCUUCGCAUGACCCCUGGACUGUAGAGGUGGUCCAGCACGAACCAGACGCCAUCAAGGACGACAGGAAAGAGAAGAAGAAGGCUCCUAGCACAACCACGCAGAAGCCUUUGUCGCUCCUGGCAAGUGGCAAGGCCUUCCCAGCAGUACCCAAGCCGACAGGUGGCUAUAGUUACAAUCCAAACUUCACCGACUACGAAGCUCGGUAUACAGAAGAGGCUAACAAGGCAGUUGAGGCCGAGAAGAAGCGCUUGGAAGCAGAGGAAGCAGAGCGGGUCAAGAAGGAGGCUGCAGCUAGAUCAGCUGCCGAGGCAGAGGCUGCGGAAGCACGAGCUGAGCUGUCCGAGUGGGAUGAGGACUCGGAGUGGGAAGGCUUUCAGAGUGGCGGUGAGGAGCUCAAGCCCUCGGCUAGGCGCGCGAAGCGUAAGACGCCAGCCCAGCGAAACAGGAUAGAGAGACGAAAGACAGAGGAACGCCGGCUGAUACACGAAGCCAAGACGAAGGUGAGAAAGGCCCAGGCGGAACAAAUCAAGCAGAUCGCCAAGGAGGCGGCAGAGCGGGAACAGGCUCUUGCGCUCGCAAAGGCAGAAGACAGCGAUGGCAGCAGUGUCAACAACGAUGACCUGCUACGGCGCAAGCAGCUUGGGAAGAUGAAGUUGCCGGAGAAGGACCUGGAGUUGGUGCUGCCAGACGAGCUGCAGGAUUCGUUGCGUCUGCUGAAGCCGGAGGGCAACCUGUUGAAAGACCGGUACCGAAGUCUGCUUGUGAGAGGACGGGUGGAGAGCCGAAGGCAUAUUCCCUUUCACAGACAGGCGAAGACGAAGGUCACUGAGAAGUGGACCUACAAGGACUUUAGUAUAUAG